AUGAACUUCAUCACAAGGAGCAGUUCAGGCUUUUACAACAACGGCAAUACUAGUUGGAUUGAAGAGAUAUUUGGAAAGCAUAACAAACAGCUUCAAUACAUCGGAAUCGCCGCAGCUACCGCACUUUCGUUAUACGUUUUAGCACCAAGCUUCAUAGGUGGAAGGAACGACGAAAUGUUCUCUAGCUCAAAAAGAAGUGACAAAUAUACUACCGGUUUGAUCAAUAACCGAAAUGAUUGCUUUGCGAACUCUUCCGUGCAGGCAUUCUCUUCAUUACCCAAGCUUACAAUGUACAUGAAUGACCUCCUCAAGCAAGUUCUAUUUAUGAAAUCACUACUCGAUCGUAACAAUAAUGGCGAGGAGAAUGAUUCAGAAGAGGAACUGGAUCCACUGCAAAACUCCGAAGUCUCCAACGGAAGGUCGAAUUCGCUUGAAGGUUCGCUCGCCCCCGGGCAUUUGAGGCCUAGCCUUCAAGGGCUCAACCCGCGGGAUAACUUAAAGGGCGCAUCCUCUACUGCUACAAUCACAACUUUAUCCACUCUUGAGGGAAGCACAGAUGGUAGAGGCCACGGUGCCGGGAUCGACACGGCUGAUGCCUCCGCGGCACAGAGCACAUGCGAAAGUAGCUGCUCUCGAGAAGCUGGCAUAUGUUCCGCCUCCAGCAACGAGAUCCCGGAAGUUCCUAUGCACGAGGGUCUUGCUCAGAUGAUGUACCAGUUACAGCAACUUGUCACCAGCAGCACUUACGUGUCGGUGUGGCCCUUUCUGCACGUCCUUGAGCUUAUCUUCGAUGCCAAGAUCUCAUCAGGUCAGAAUGACGCCCAUGAACUGUCUCAAGUAAUCCUGGAGACAUUAGAAAAAGAGAACCUGAGAGUCAAGAAAUUUGUGAAAGACCAACCGCUCAACGUGAUUAUCCCUGACUUUCCUGUUAAAGGGUCUCUAGCAGAUCAUUUAAUUUGUCUGAAUUGUCAAGGUUCUUCUAAAGUCAACAUGCAUCCUUUUACAAUGUACUCUCUGCCGGUUCCACAGGAGCCAUCCGCAAGUCUUUCUGCAAUGAUUGCCGACAACCAAACAGAAACCAUAGAUGGGUACUCUUGCCUGUCGUGUAAAAUUAAAGCGAUACUAGCGAAUGAGGAACAAAGAGGCUCCAAAGGAAAUUCAGAUGAGGAACAGAAUAUCCUGGCUACGCUUUCCAGAAUAAUAUCUGAAAUUUUCAUCAACGAUGACCUCUCGGAUGAGCUGACAAACUACGUCAACAACUAUAAGAAGGAUGGAUGCGAGACGAGCAGCAUCAAGUCUAGGAUUGUUAAGAAAACUGUUGUCACGGAGUCGCCUGAAAUUUUGAUUCUACACUUAUCGCGUUCUGUUUUCAAUGGCACAAACUACACCCGGAACUCCUGUUAUGUGAAUUUUGAUGAAGAGCUUCACACGCAAGAACAAACCAUUGAAAACAACAGGUGUGUCGGGGUAAAGCCCAUCAAAUAUAAGUUGAAAUCUAUGGUCAAACACCAAGGCACACACUCUCAGGGUCACUAUGAAUGCUUUAGGCGCAAGCCAGACCUAGUUAAGGACUCUUUGUCUGGCCAAGUAGUGAACAGGUCCCCGACCAUUGACUUCGGGCUGGACUCCAACCGCGAAGCAGCAAAUGCCUGGAACCUUUCAACAAAUCAUUCAUCCUCGGACGUCUCUUCGCUAUCCUCUCAAAACUCUGAGACAUCCUCAGUCCCUUUUAGAACAGUAUUCCCAGAGUCAACUCCUGGCGCGUCUGCUUCGCCGCCUGUUGUCGACGAUGAUGAUUACAUUGUGGGGCACCAAGAUUCAAGCGCAUCCAAUGCUCCUAGCAGAAAACCAUCUAAACUUAAAAAGCUUACCGGAUUUCUUUCGCGGAGGUCGUCCGUGGCCUCGGCGGCGCCUGAAAGUAAGGCCCCCCCUAGUAGAAAGAACUCAGUUUCCGUUGCACUGUCAGACACUGCCCCGCCUGGCGGACGCAGCAGAAUGAACAGUGUCGUGUCAACCAAUUCUUCUGCUUGGGUUUCUUCUUCGGGUGCCGACCUAACCGAGACAAGCACUAGUGAGCAAGACGAGCCUAGCACAGUCAUCAAGAGAAAGCUUAAGAAGAUAAAGAGUGUUUCUAAGUUUCCUUUUUGGAAGAUCUCUGAUACCGCUGUCAGAGAAGCCAAGGAGAUGGAAGUUCUUGGACAGACAAAGUACGUUUACAUGCUCUUUUAUGAACGUGUAGACGAGCAACCUGCGCAAUGA